AUGAUCCGUUGGGACCAUGGGGGGUUGGUAACGUCCCCCGCAACUACUGCAGCAAGUGCAGGGAUGGGCUGCGAAUAUCCUUUUCACCAGGAUAAUAACCAAACGAGCAUAUAUCCCUCACCACCACCAGGCGUCACUGGGGAGCCGCAAAAUAUCAGCACGGCGACAAGAGUAAAUGAUGUAGGGGGAGGGGCUGUGGAAGCUCCACACAAUAUUCCUGCUGGAGCACCAUCAUCCAACCGUCAUCCGUUGGCAGAGAGCGGUGCAGGGCUUCCUUUCCGCUUUUCACAAAGGGGGUUACCGCCCCAUUCCACGCAUUUUGUGGAUCCGUACAGUCACAACUAUUCGAUGUACAACAGUUGUGGCCCACCGCCAUCCUCAGUAGGUUACCAACGGUUAUGUGGUGGGGCCCCACCUCCUCUACAAUUCCGCUCAGGGUCUUCACAGAUGUGGCAUACUACGGUGAUGGUUCCCACCCAACACUGGGGAGCGGUUGGUUAUUUCCCUGCAAUAGUUACCCGUCCCUCGCAACUGAAUUUUUCCGGUUCAUAUGAUCCAGUGGCGUGGUCGGGCCCACCGAGCUAUCCUGGGCAAUUUGCAGCGGGUAAUCGCCGUCAGUUGGGUCAACAAGAACAGUAUCGGCAACCGUACUCUAACUACCAUAACCGACCACAACCUCACCGCCAAAUGCAUGCACAACCACCAUAUAUGGCUCACCGUAUGACGGUAAAUGCAGUUACGUAUGGCUUUGGGGAUCCUACACUGGGGGUUUACCGCACCUCUGCUGAUGGGUGGAAAUACCGCGGGGCAUAUGGUGGUGGACGGCGCCCUUCACCUCCAUUCCAAGCGAUGGUCACUCGACCACUGGUUUCUAGCAACGGACGCCGCAGGCGGGGGACUCACGCCAGAGCAAACAUGGCUGGUGGCUGGGGAGAUUUGGAUACCUACGACUUAUAUGCGUUUGAGGCCGGUGAAAACCUUGAUGUGGAUAAUAUGUCUUAUGAGGAGUUGUUGGAGCUCACAGAGCGUCUCGGAAUGGUGGAGCGUGGUGUGCAACCCGCGAGACUGAACGAACUGCGUGUUGUGAUUACACCUACUCACGUGAAGCAACAAUUAGAAUCCGAUAGGAUGGUAGCUGGCCGUAAUGGGCUCGUUAAGGGGGGUGCAAAUAUUGACCAGGAGGAAAAGGAAGCAAAUGAGAAAAUGUGCGAGGAAGAUCCAAUCAAAUGUUGUAUUUGUCUAGAUGGCGUCCUAGUUGGACAAACGGCCACGCGAAUGCCUUGCUGCCGAAACUUUCUUCACGCGUCGUGUGCCGCUCCAUGGUUCGAGUCACACUUCCGUUGCCCAAUCUGCAAGUCUGAUAUCCGUGGCGGCGAUCAUUAG